UAACAGUACAUAUAUGCAAAUAAACAAUCUAUUAAGGCUCUUCAUGUCUUGAAGCCUUUCUGUGUUUAUUGGUACUUAUAAAAACAGAGUUUGGGAGAUUAAUUAUCUUAAGAAAAAUAGAGACAGGCGAUCAUUGAUUGAUGGUCUAGACUAGACUGGUCAAAAACAAACUAAUACUGAAUUUAAAGUGUCUCCUAUCUGAAUAAAUGUACAUUUAAAUAUAAGUAAAUUAAAUUAACAAAUCUGUACAGAAAUCUAUACAGAACCUAUACGGAAGAGUGGAUGUUCUGACAUGAUCACAUUAAUAUGCAAGUGUUUUUACAGAGGAAUGUAUAUAGUCCAUGCUUCAUUCACUUAUUACGGCUUUAAAAUCUACUCAUCAGGUUAAUGUAUAGAGAAAAUAUUUUGUGCAUUGAACACAGAAAAUAUUCCAUUACAUUGAGAUUUCAGAAAACAAUUCUAGGUACAUUAGGUCCAAUCUGUUUUUUUGUUUGUUUUAAUUACUAGUACUAAACCUUUAAAACAUACAUUAAAAUGUUUUGUUUGCUCAAAAUCUAGUCUAUAAUGUCUUUUCAUAUAACACACCAAAUUUGCAUGAAAUGCAACUGUGUGUGACCUGCAUAAAAGUGAAAGCUUGAGUCAUGUCUAAAAGGAAGCUCGUACAAGAAGAAUAACAAAGGGCCAAAGACUAAGCCUUGAGGCACGCCAGACUCUACCAUGACAGGUCUGUCAGCUAACCCUAAUUUACACAAAGCAAGUAGUAGUGGUCCGACGAGCAUCUUAAGCAGGUCAGCACCUGUCCACAAUUGCCCAUGUGCAUCUCAAGUUCCCCCAUAAAGAAUGUUGCAGUCUGUGAGGUCAAAGGCAGGCCAAAGGUCUUGUAAUGCUACUACUAGAGUUACAGUCCCACGUGGGUGCUAAAAAGCCAUUUGUUACUCUGACAAGUGUAGUGUACGUACUGAAAUCUAACUAAAGUUCUUUCUGAAUUUCUGUGGGUAAACGAAACAUUUGAGUGUUGACAGUUUCUUCUAAACUUUGUUCCAUAAAAGAAAGAAGAUUUGAAAUGUGCGUAUAAUGCUAUUUUCAUAAUUAAGAUAUGAAUUAAUAACUACAAUUUCCUGUAAUAAUUUACAGCUUCCUGAGAUACACUUUUAUUGAGUUAAUUGAAUGUAACGGUUUUCUGGUGAUGAGUGUAAGCAAGGCCGAGGUCGUAGCGGUCAGGUCAGGCCUGGCUUGGUCUGGUCCAGAUCUUACAGAAGCAGCAGUGUUGUACAGUGGGCGAGUUGGGUGCGCAUGUGCUGUUGUUGAACGCUAGAUGGCGUUCUGAGCUCGUAUCGUGUCACGUUACCUGGCAGACGGAAGAUUCAGCCAUUACGAGCAAGUGUCCUGCGCUUCAUCUCCGCUGUUUAACAGCAAAAUCACCUUAAAAUACAAAUCUUACGCAUAUCUGGGUUCGUAUAAAAUUCGUUUGGUCGUUCUUCAGUCCGCUUUUAAUAACUGUCGCUAUAAUUCAAUGUGGGUGCGGCUCAGAUACGACGGCACAGAUUUAUUCGGAUAUUAACUAAAAAAAAAUUCAAACGUCUUUUUUCCACGUGAAUCCUGAUUUAUUUUAAACUACACAACCAACAUGAAGAAUCAUCUGCUCGUCUUAUUAUUCGUUAAUGGUGUGUUUUGUGCUGGGACAGAUAAAGUUGAGACCCUAGAAGUGAUGGAGGGAGAGCCUGUGACUUUAGACACUUGUUGUGUUAUCGAAAUACAGACAAAAGAUGAGAUCGAGUGGAGGUUUGAUGGUGCUGUCAUAGCCAAAAAUGGCUUAAUGGAUGACACCGAUGAUGGAAAAUUCACAGGCCGACUGAGUCUGAACCCUCAGACUGGAGAUCUGACCAUCAGGAACACCCGAAUCCAACACUCGGGACUUUAUGAAGCGAUCAUCUCCAGCAGCGCACGUACUGUACACAUGAAAUUCAACGUUAAUGUCCUUGAUGCGCUUCCUACGAAAGUGUCGGAGACGGAGGGAAGUUCUUUUACAUUUCCGCAUGACAUUGCUGACGUACAGAAAUACGAUUUGAUUACGUGGAUAUUUGAGAACACAACCAUCGCUGAAUUCAACAGACAGAGGAGUCCAAGCAUAGAAUAUUAUGGGGAUGUGAAGGACGGCAAAUUCAAAGACAGACUGAAGAUGGAUGAUCAAUCUCGGGCUCUCACCAUAACGGACAUCAAGAGCACAGACUCCGGACUUUAUAAAGUGCAGGUGAUCGUCCAGAACCAGGAGACCAAAACCAGGGCGUAUCGUCUCUCAGUCAGUGCCUCCGUUUCGCCGGCAGCUUAUAUAGUGCCGAUCCUGCUGAUCCUGGCGGUGGUGGUCGGUGGGAUUAUCUUUGUGUGCAAGUCGAAACAAUCAGAACACAAAGCGGUCAGUGGAAAUGAGAAGGAAGCAUCUCAGGAAGAUCUGAGGAAAGAGUGAUAGUCUAAAUCCACGGUCGUUAUAUAAACAUCAGUCCAUGUGUGCUGUUGUAUGAUGUGCACUAUGAGAAUUGAAGAGCAUCUUUGGUUGCAACUUUUAAAAAGUUUACAGUUCGCACUUAAUGCUGAUCAUAUGAUGAUCCUCAAGUUUGAAUGUUUAUUUCUUCACGUCUGCUUGAGUCGCUCAUUCUUUAUGUUGUGGGGCUGUCGUUGAUUUAAAGUGUUAAAGCUCUUAUGAGAAACGUAACGUUUAAGACAUAAUGUCUUCAUAAACGGCUGUGUUUUUGAGGAAUUGCCGUGUUGCUGACAGCCGUCGAAUGUGAAUAUGGUCUUGAGAGAGGAUGUUAUUGAUGCCGCAACACUCUCAUCACAUGUAGAAGAUUCUGAUUACACAGAGAAACAUUAUUUUUAGGGAGGUAGAUCUGCAUGUGUCUAGCUUUCACUAUUCACAUAUAAACAUACUUCUGCCCUCUAGUGGACAAACGGUGGAUAGGCUUAUUCUUUUUUAAAAUGUGAAGUAGAGUUUGUUUUAUACAAUAAGGAUUCAUGGUGUAAUAUGAAUGGCAAAUGUUAUUGUAAAUCCAUUGAAGUGCCUUUUUGAUUUAUGUAUAGCCUUAUUUAAUUUUCUUUUCCUGGUGUUGUAUCUGAUUAUGGCAGUGUGUUUUUCAUUUGCAAUCUUUGUUGUAUGUUGGUCUUUUUGGCAAUUAAAAGAAAAGUGUGUACUUUUAA